AUGGCUACCACAAUUCUUGAUUCAAAUUUGCCAGAAACCUCACAUGCCCACAGCAAUUGGGUCGUGCAGAAGUUCGGCGGCACUAGUGUCGGCAAGUUUGCGAUCAAUAUCAUUGAGCAGGUGGUCCUACCCAGCCUUGCGCACAGCAGAGUUGCCGUUGUAUGUUCUGCGAGAAGCAGUUCCACCAAAGCCGAAGGCACCACCAACCGACUACUUCGGGCCGCGCGGGAUGCCGAAAACCCCCACUCGCAGCAAUAUCUCACCUUGGUGGAAGCUGUGCGGUUGGAACAUGUCCUAGUCGCCCAAGAACAAUUGAAGUCGGCGGACUUGAGAGACCAGCUGAUUGCGGACAUCACCGGGGAAUGUGAACGCGUACUCAAGGUCCUCGAGGCCGCUCAAACCCUGGGAGAAAUUAGCGCACGCUGUGUCGACAAAGUGAUCAGCGCCGGCGAGAAGCUCAGCUGUCGGCUCAUGGCCGCUAUACUGCAAGAUCGCGGGGUUGAUUCACAGUAUGUGGAUCUUUCAGAGAUUAUUGAUUUCCCCAUUGGGCCCCAUGGCCUGGAUCAGGACUUUUAUAAUACCCUUGCAGCAGCCUUCGGUCGCAAAGUUGAGGCCUGCGGGCACCGAGUGCCUGUCAUGACUGGAUAUUUCGGUACUAUCACCGGUGGCCUGCUUGAUCAAGUCGGCCGUGGGUAUACCGAUCUCUGUGCGGCUCUGGUCGCAGUUGGAACCCGCGCACAAGAACUGCAGGUUUGGAAGGAAGUGGACGGUAUCUUCACUGCGGAUCCCCGUAAAGUCCCAACGGCUCGUCUGCUCCCUACCAUCACACCCUCCGAAGCUGCCGAGUUGACCUUCUAUGGAUCGGAAGUCAUUCAUCCCUUCACCAUGGAGCAAGUUAUUCGCGCAAAGAUCCCCAUCCGUAUCAAGAACGUCAUGAACCCAAAGAACGAAGGUACCAUCAUCUUCCCAGACUCGGUGGCCGAACUGGAGAGAACCACACCGGGCCAUGAUCCCCGCCUGUUCCGGACCCGGAGCCCGAGUUUCAUGCAGACACCUAAGCGGCCAACGGCGGUGACCAUCAAGCAUAAUAUCCUGGUGAUCAACGUGCAUUCCAACAAGCGGUCGCUCUCUCAUGGUUUCUUUGCUGGCAUCUUCUCGGUACUGGACAAAUGGCGCCUCUCCAUCGAUUUGAUCUCGACCAGUGAGGUCCACGUGUCCCUGGCACUUCACUCGGAGAUGCCCCUUUUGAACGGAAACGCACGGGAUGAGUAUCAAGUCAUUGACGAUGAUCUUCAGGGUGCAUUGAAUGAUCUGGAGAAGUAUGGAACCGUGGAUAUCAUCCCCGCGAUGGCUAUCCUCAGUCUGGUGGGCAAGCAGAUGAAGAAUAUGAUCGGCGUGGCGGGGCGUAUGUUCACAACUCUCGGAGAGAACAAUGUGAACAUUGAGAUGAUUUCGCAAGGUGCAAGUGAAAUUAACAUCUCCUGCGUCAUCGAAGAACGAGAUGCCGACCGUGCGCUGAAUAUCAUUCAUACGAGCAUGUUCACCUUCUUGGACUAA